AUGUCCAUGUCUAGUCCUCAAAUUGGAGGUGGAGGAGGAAUUGGCUACAAUCGAGUUCCCACUACAGCUACAAGCGACGAUGUAGGCAGCCCUCCACGAGUCACUAUCCACGCUAGUAGUAGUGGGACCAGUACUCCUGUCAUUCGCAGCAGCAACAACAGCCAUGCUCCCAGCGAACACAGCGUGGCCGACGAUUCGAUGCAACAAUCAUUGCUUUUUGGGGCACCAGGAGGAGACGGCGAAGAACAACAAUCACCACCACAGCUUCACUGCUUGUUGGCGGCGGCUCUGGAAUCUUGGAAUCUCUUGUUUCCACACAUUCGUCGCAUGGGAAAUUUCCUAUUUGGAAUCACACUCUUGACCAUGCUUUUCGUGGUGCCCAUGGUCACAUACUCGGCCAUUGAAGAAAAUCGUGUCGAUGUCGCGGCGUUUGACUCUUCGGGGGUCAUGGUCUUGGGCACAUUGGUCUUGUCCUUUCGACUCGUCUAUCUGCACUUGUCACAUUGGUACAUGCCCGAAGUGCAAAAGUAUGUGGUAAGGAUCGUCUGGAUGGUGCCAUUGUACGCCGUACAGAGUUGGCUGUCGCUAAGAUUUCGGGAAGCACGCAUUUACAUUGAUGCCAUUCGAGAUUUGUACGAGGCAUUUGUAAUUGCUUCCUUUCUCUACUAUUUGAUUGAAUUAUUGGGAGGACAGCAAGCACUCGUACGAAUCCUCGAAAGUAAGGCAGAGACACAACCACACUUGGGAAAACACGCCUGGCCCUUGAAUCAGAUACUGCCGGAUUGGCAAUUGGGAACCGAGUUCAUGCUCCAGUGCAAACAUGGCGUCCUACAGUACGUCGUGGUCAAGACCGCCGCCACCAUUUUGACAUAUAUGUUUGAAACGGCAGGAUGCUACGGAGAAGGAGAGUUCCAUUGGAAUUCAGCCUAUCCCUACAUGGCAUUUCUACUCAACACGUCCGUCAUGUACGCACUCUACGUACUCGUCAUGCUCUUCCAUGCAGUUCACGGAGAAUUGCAGCAUCCCAUCAAUUGGAGACCACUGGGAAAGUUCCUAUGUGUAAAGGGAGUUGUUUUCUUCACAUGGUGGCAAGGCGUCAUUAUUUACUUUUUAAAGGCCAAGGGAUUCAUCAAAGAUACCGCGGGAUGGAGUGGAGAUGAAAUCUCCAAUGCCGUCAUUGACUACUGCAUCUGUACCGAAAUGGUAUUCUUUGCAGUCGCGCACAGCUAUACAUUUUCCUACAAGGAGUACCUGCCAUCCAGUAUCCCACCCGAACUGAGAAACUUGACAUUGAAUGCCAACAAUCAAGUGGGCCAUACCGGUCCGGGCAGUAGUAGCAACAGUAACAAUACCCCGACAUCGCAACCACUGCGAUUGCAAUCGCGAGAAUCCCUCGAAUCGCAACAUUCCGCCGUCACGGCAGAAACACGACAAAGUCAAGGGUUGAAUCCAACCUAUCGUCCACCGCAAGUAUUGGACCAACGCUGGAAAUUUUCCGACGGACUCAGGAGCAGUUUCUUUCCCGAGGAAACUAUUCAGGAUAUUCGGCGAAUGCGAAGUGGGGUCGCAACGACUGUACAAAGGACUAGUCUCAGUGGUUCUAUUAGCCUUGCGGAGCUGCAAACAGCAGGCGAGGAAGCAACACAGCUAGUAGAGCAGCAGCAAGACGAGUCUAAUGCAGACAUUGAAGAGCGACAGCCUCUAGCUAGACGAAAUAGCUCUGGAAGCAUCAUAUGA